AUGGGGAAAAGAGGAGGAGCUAAGAGGAAGGCCGGCCACAUAGAGAUGGACGAGGCCACCCACCUGAACAAGCCGUCUAAGCAAGACAACGCUCGGCCAUUGCCAAAGCGGCGGCGGCUCAAGGAGAAGCCCUGCCACUCCGAUGAGCCCCGCAACCUGGAGGAUCUAUGGAAGGCUGCCUUUCCUGUUUGUACUUCAUGGUAUCACGUGGACUCUGUCUACAACGAAUUCAAGUGGGAUUUCUCCCAUCUUGAACAAGCAUUCCAAGAGGGAGGAAAGCUGCAUCAUCAUGAGAUCAAUGCCAACAACGACAACAACAAAAAAUUCUAUCUGUUCGGAACAACCGAAAUUCAUAAACAAGAUGUCGGAGAAUAUGUUUUGAUCCCUGUGGUGGUAGCCAUUGUAUCAGCUUCCCCGCCUUGCCAUCAACUAGGCUUUGACGUAACUGAUUAUGACAUGCCGGGAGCCAAUGAACGAGUUAUAAUUCCAAUGAAAAAGCUCAAGAUGGAUUGGAUCCCCUACAUUCCUGUCCACAAGAGACAAGCCAAAGUUGAGAGACUCAUGAAGAGAUCUCCUCAGAUAUUUGUGUUGGGCUGCACUCAAAGAAAGGUUGCUUUAGAACACAUCAACUCAGAUCGUUGCCUCAAAAUUCAAUACUCUGUGCCCUGUUUACAUGGUCAUCAUCAUGAUGGGAAUGAGGUUGAUAAGACUAAUACUAGACCGUUGAGUCCACUGAGGGAGUUCCUCCUUGAGCAGGUGAUACAAGAAGAUGAAUUUUUACCUCAAGAAAGAAAGGAUUUCCUGAUGGGGUAUGUCAGGGAGCAACUCUUUGAAGCAAAGAGAGCAGCUAAUAAAAAAACGACGAUUUACAAGUUCUACCCCCUACCAACACCGCACACUCCUCGCCUUAGGCACAAGUUUGCCGGCAUCAACAACUUUUGCCCGGACGCUGAUGAGGUUCUGUGA